AAAUAUCUUUUUGUAUCACAAUGAAAUAAAAGUAGAAAUCGAUAACAGAAGGAAAACUGAAAAAUCCAAAAAUAUAUGGAGAUUAAAUAGCACACUCUUGAAUAACCAGUGAGUCAAAGAAGAAAUCAAAAAGACAGAUAAAAAUAUCUUGGGACAAAUGAAAACAAAAUAGAAUGUACAAAAACUUAUAGAAUGCAGCAAAAACAGUCCUAAUAGGGAAUUUUAUAGUGACAGCUGCCUGUAUUAAAAAUGAAGUCCUGAAUUAACCUAGAUUUACACCUCAAGGAAGUAGAAAAAAAAAAGCAAAUUAAGCCCGUAGUUAGCAAAAGGAAGAAAAUGGCAAAGAUUGGAGCAGAAAUACAUGAAAUAGAAAAAAGGAAAAAAUCAACGAAAUUAACAGUGGAUUUUUAAAAAGGUUGAUGAAACUGACAAACCUUUAGCUAGAUUAAGAAAAGAAUGAGGGAAGUUUCAAAUGACUAGCAUUAGAAAUAAGGACGAACAUUAUAAUUGAUUCCACAGAAAUAAAACAGAUUCUAAGAGACUACUUCAGUCAUAUACCAACAACAUACAAUUUGCCCAAACUGAAUAUAAAUAAGCAGAAAAUCUGAUUGAGCCAGUAAGUAAGGAGAUUAAAUCAGUAAUCAAAAACCUCCCACCAAUAAAAUAUCUAGAGUUCAAUGGUGCAUUCUACCUAAUAUUUAGAGAAGAAUUAACACCAAUCCUUGUCAAUCUCUUCUGAAAAUUGAAAAGUGAAUUCUUCCAAAUUCAUUUUAUGAGGUCAGCAUUAUCCUGAUACCAAAGCCAGACAAAAACACUGCCAGAAAAUAUAACUACAUUCCAAAGUUUCAAAUGAACAUAGAUGCAAAAAUUCUCAACAAAUUCCUAACAAACUAAAUUCAACAGCACAUUUAGAAAAAAAAUAAUUCUGGCCAGUUGCAGUGGCUCACACCUGUAAUCCCAGCACUUUGGGAAGCCAAGGCAGGUGGAUCAUUUGAGGUCAGGAGUUUCAGAUCAGCCUGGCCAACAUGGUGAAACCCCCAUCUCUACUAAAAAUACAAAAAUCAGCUGAGUGUGGUGCCAGGCGCCUGUAAUCUCAGCUACUUGGGAGAUUGAGGCAGGAUAAUCGCUUGAACCCAGAAGGCAGAGGUUGCAAUGAGCUAACACCACUGCACUCCGGCCUGGGCAACAAGAGCGAAACUCUGUCUCAAAAAAAAAAAAAAAAAGAAAGAAAGAAAGAAUUCUAUGCCAUAAACAAAUAGAAUUUAUCCCUGGCAUGCAGGGUUGAUUCAACAUAUACAAAUUGAUCAACAUGAUACACCAAUGUGAUACAGAAUAAAGAAUUAAAAAAAAAAAAGCUGGGCAUGUUGGCACACGCCUGUAAUCCCAGCACUUUGAGAGGCUGAGGUGGAGUCCAGAAUUCAAAACCAGCCUGGGCAACAUAGUGAGACCCACCCCCAUCUCUAGAAAAAAGAAAAAAAAAAAUUAGUCGGGCAUGGUGGCACAUGCCUAUAGUCCCAGCUACUUGGGAGGCUAAGGUGGGAGGAUCAUUUGGGAGGAGGUCGAGGCUGCAGUGAGCAGUGAUGGCACCAUUGCACUCAACCUGGGAAAGAAAGUGAGACCCUGUCUCAAAAAAAAAAAAAAAAAAGAAUAAAAAAGAAUCAUCUCAAUAAAUGUGGAAAAACUAUUUGACAAAAUUCAACACACUUUCAUGAGAAAAACUCUCAACAAACUAGCUAUGGAAGGAAUUUACUUCAACAUAGUAAAGGCCAUAUGUUAUAAACUCUUAAUUAACAUCAUACUAACUGAUGAAAAACUGAAGGCAUUUUUUUCUAAGGUCAGGAACAAGGCAAGCAUGUCCACUUUUACCAAUUUUACUCAACACAGUACUGGAAAUACUGAGCAAAGAAGUAAGAAAAGAAAUAAAGCCGGCCGGGCGCGGUGGCUCACGCCUGUAAUCCCAGCACUUUGGGAGGCCGAGGCGGGUGGAUCACAAGGUCAAGAGAUCGAGACCAUCCUGGUCAACAUGGUGAAACCCCGUCUCUACUUAAAAUACAAAAAAAAAUAGCGGGGCACGGUGGUGCGUGCCUGUAAUCCCAGCUACUCGGGAGGCUGAGGCAAGAGAAUUGCCUGAGCCCAAGAGGCGGAGGUUGCGGUGAGCCGAGAUCGCGCCAUUGCACUCCAGCCUGGGUAACAAGAGUGAAACUCCAUCUCAAAAAAAAAAAAAAAAAAAGAAAGAAAGAAAGCCAUCAAAAUAUAAAAGGAAGAAGUAAAAUUAUCUCUGCAAGCCUACAACAUGAUCUUGUAUAUGGAAGACCAUUAAUAGUCAACCAAAAACCAACCAUCAGAACCAAUAAAUGAAGUCAUUAAAUUGGUAGAACACAAAAUCAUGACUUAAAAAUCAAUUGCUUUUCUAGACACUAACAAUGAAUUAUCAGAAAAAGAAAUUAGGAAAACAAUCCCAUUUCCAAAAACAUUAAAAAGAGUGAAAUACGCAGGAUUAAAUUUAACUAAGGAAGUGAAAAACUUGUAGGCUGAAAAAACAAAACACAGAUGAAUGAAAUUUUAGAAGACAAAAACAAAUGAAAAGACAUCUCGUGUUCAUGAAUUGGAAGUCUUAAUAUUGUUAAAAUGUCCCAUCCUACAGAAAAUUAUUUACAUAUUUAAGGAAAUCCUUAUCAAAAUCCCAAUGGAAUUCUUUACAGAAAUUGAAAAAUGUAUCCCAAAGUUUGUAUGGAACCAUAAAAUACCCCAAACAGCCAAAACAAUCUUGGGAAAGAACAAAGCUGGAGGCAUCACACUUCAUGAUGUCAAAAUACAAAAUUACUGUAAUUGAAAUGAUAUGAUAUUGGCAUAAAGAGAGACAGAAACCAAAAGAAUAGAUAGGAAUUCCAGGUAUAAACUCAGGCAUAUAUGCUCAAAUGAUCUUUGUGCAGGGUGCCAUGACUAACCAAUAGGAAAAAAAAAACUCUCUUCAACAAGUGAUGCUUAUAAAACUGAAAAGCUACAGGCAAAAUAAUGAAAUUAGACCCAUAUAUGUUUGAGCUGUUAGAUCCUCCUGAUGUGGAAGGGCUGACUUAUGGACUCCUCAAGGACUCUUCAAUAAUUGUUCUAUUGGAAAGCAUACAUAUUAGUGGAUUAGAGUGGGCGAUGAGGAGAGGGAAAAGUGUGUGUGUGAGAAAUAUCUACCACUACCAAGGAUGGUGUAUAUAUCAAGUGUCCUAUAACAAGUCUAUAAGAUGUGGAAAGCACAAAUAAUUUUUUAAAGUGUAUGCUACUCAUCAUGCUGAAAAUAGUUCUAGUCUAUACAUGUUUGUAAACUAAACUCUUCUUGCAAAACUAGAUGAUUUCUAAACAUAGGUGACCUUAAAACCUGGGCCACAUUUCAGAAGUGCCACAAAUUGCUGCAACCACAUUAAUCAUGUUGCUCUGAAACUCAGCUUCGUUAAUGGUAAAAUGUUAUAAUAUUUUUUCAAAUCACCAAAUUUAAAAAUGCAUGGAACCCCUGGGUGUUUAGAAAGUACUUCAUCCAUAAGCCUUUAUAUGAUCAUGGGGACAGGUUAUUUCGCUGUCCUAAUAGAUGUGUACAUAUAAUUUCUUUGUCCCAGUGGAUUCUUAAAUGUAAUUUUCCAAAACAAGCAAAGUGAUUAAUUUGUAGUUACAGUUGAAGUGAAUAAUAUCCCAAAUGACCCACACCUCACUUAAAUAUAGCCUUGAUGUAGAAUAACAAUUCCUUUGAAUCUAUCUCCAGUGUUACUAUAAAUGUAUCACAAGUUUAUACUUAUUUUUUAAGGAUUCAGGAAUAUUUGAUUAUUUUAUCUGCAUCAGAAGUUACAGGUUGAUUAUUUCAAGCAAAUAUUUAGUAAUUGAGCAUCUACUUAUUGUGUAAGCAGUGCUAGGUGUUUUUCCCACAUUGUAUAUUUUAACACAAGAAUCAUAUGAGGUAUGUAUUAUUAUCUCCUUUUUAUAGGUAAGGAAACAGAAGAUCAGAAAGACUUGUAACCUGUCUGCGAUUGCAUAGACUGUGAGAGACAAAACUAAAAACUCUGAUCCCAGGUUUGCAUGGCUGCAAAUCCAUGGUGUUUCUGCACGUCACUUUGCCUUCCAUGCUGGCAACCAUACUCAACUUUGAAAACAUUUAUGUCUUCCAUGCAUUUAUUUUCUUUUUUAUUACUAUUUUCUUUAAAAAUAUUAAAUUCAUAUCUGGUUUGUGUUUGCCCAGAUAAAAAAGCCAGAAUUUAAUAAUUCAGGCACACAAUCUUAGUAUUAUUCACACUAGAGCAUACUGUUGUCAUGAUUCUCAUGUAACUGAGAUCGAAUGGAAUUUGAUAGAAUGUGUUUGGGUAAGAGCAUGGUUGCUGAUAUUUAUUUAUUAUGUUUUCUUAAUUAUUCUUCAAGUAGGAUUUCUUGAAGAAAAAGGAAAUUAUUCUAAAGAAUAUGUUGGCCUUUAGAUCAGAGUCAUGGGAAAGAAUGAAUAUAACUUAUCUAUUCUCCCCUUCCUAGAUCAUGUGCUGUAUUUUGAACAAAGGAACCAUUAUUUUGAAAUGUCAGUUAAUCUUUUUUUCAAUAUAACUUCCUACCUUUCCUAUCUGGCUACUUCUUCCCCUAUCUGUUUAAAUCCCCAGCCGCAUCAAAUACUGCCACACUGAUUUCUCUAUAGUUGCUUUUUAGAACUGGUGAAGCUAAAACUUACCUAGACAGAUCCCCCAAAUAGUUCCAUUCACUUUCCAUUUAAUCCAGUCCACAAUGAUACCUAGGUUUUCCUUAUUGCUUCACACAAUCUCAUAUGUAUGACAAGGUAUGGUGUAGGAGAUAAGCCUCGGGAUAUUUUGCAAGGUAUCUAGGCUGUUUAGCUUCUAACAAUAAUAAAAAUUGUUUGACUUCAUCUUGACUGCAGACAUCAUCUAGCUCUUGUUGUCAAUUAUUAUAACUAAGGAUGUGGUUUUUGUACUCUAUGGAAAGGAGCAAGUCAGAAAGAAAGAGAUGUCAAAGUCAAUUUUUAGGCCCAAUUAAUUGUACAACCACUGGAAAAGAUACAUUUGGGAUGGGCACAGAAAAUUAAGAAUUGGCCGUUCUUUUUCUUUUUUUUUUUUUUUUUGAGGUGGUAGUUUUGCUCUUGGUCAGGCUGGAGUGCAGUGGCACGAACUCAGCUCACUGCAUCCUCUGCCUCCCGGGUUCAAGUGAUUCUCCUGCCUCAGCCGCACAAGUAGCUGGGAUUACAGAUGCCCACCACCACACUUGACUAAUUUUGUGUUUUUAGUAGAGAUGGGGUUUCACCAUUUUGUCCAGGCUGGUCUCAAACUCCUGACCUCAAAUGAUCCAUCCAUCUCAGCCUCCCAAAGUGCUGGGAUUACAGGCAUGAGCCCUAUGUCUGGCCUAGAGUUUACUUUUCUAUGAACAUUUAUUAAUAUGUUAUUAACAGUUUAUGUUAUUUUAAUAAAUGUUGUUGUAAACAUCCUUUUAUAUACUUCCUGUGCACAUGGUGAUUAGACUUACUCUAAAUAUACAAAUAGGGGUAAAAUAGCUGGAUCCCAAGAUAAUUGAGUCUUCAGUUUUAUUUAACAAAAUCUGAAAGGAAAAUUUGUGUGCACAAAAUAUUCCAUAAGGCAAAGUUACUAUAUUAAAAAUUGAAUGAUAAGAUCAUAUUUAGGCAUAUACAUUAACUGUGGGGUCAUUUCAACCAAUUUAAGUUCCUCUGGUCUUGUUUUAAUAGGCACUGUUAAAUGGAUAGAUGGAGACUGAAAACAAUUCAACAGUGACAGAGUUCAUUCUUUUGGGAUUAACAAACAAUCCUAUGCUAUGUGCCGUUUUCUUUGUGGUUUUUCUAGCAGUUUAUAUAGUUACCAUAGUGGGAAAUAUUAGCAUAAUCUUCUUAAUCCGAAGCAGCCCACAGCUUCACAUGCCAAUGUACCUUUUUCUCAGCCAUUUGGCCUUUGUGGACAUUGGGUAUUCUACAUCCGUUACACCAAUCAUGCUCAUCAGUUUCUUAAGAGAGAAAACGACUAUUCCCGCCACAGGCUGUAUAGCACAGCUUGGCUCUGAUGUCAUGUUUGGAACAACAGAGUGCUUCCUGCUGGCCACUAUGGCCUAUGAUCGCUAUGUGGCUAUCUGCUCUCCCCUACUUUACUCCAUCCAAAUGUCCCCAAUCGUCUGCUUCCUCCUACUGGGAGCCUCCUACCUGGGUGGAUGCAUGAACACUUCAUCUUUUACAGGCUGUUUGAUGAACCUGUCCUUCUGUGGUCCAAAUAAAAUCAACCACUUUUUCUGUGACCUCUUCCCACUCUUGAAGCUUUCUUGUGGCCAUGUUUACAUUGCCGAAAUAUCCCCUGCUAUCACCUCUGCAUCUGUCCUUAUCAGCACGCUAUUUACGAUAAUCGUGUCCUACAUCUACAUCCUCCACUCCAUCCUGAAGAUGCGCUCUACUGAGGGAAGGAACAAGGCUUUCUCCACCUGCACUUCCCACCUCACUGCAGUCACUUUGUUCUAUGGGACCGUUUUGUUUGUUUAUGUAAUGCCCAAGUCAAGCUAUUCUGCGGAUCAGGUCAAGGUGGCAUCUGUGAUCUACACGGUGGUGAUUCCUAUGCUGAACCCCCUCAUCUACAGUCUCAGGAAUAAGGAGGUGAAAGAGGCCAUGAGAAAACUGUUGGCAAAAACACAUUGGUUUUCCUGAAUUAAAUCAGGUAUAAUCCAGAAAUAACAAAACCAAUGAUUUGGGAGAUAUUUGUGCUUAAUAUUUUAUUUAUCAUUAACUGUAUCACUUAUAUAGUGAAUAACUUACAUAAAUGUAGAAAGCCAAUGCUUCCUUCCAUUAACAGAGUUAAGUGUCUAAUUUAUGUGGACAUUGCUAGAGUGAAUUUUUUUUUUUUUUUUUGAGACUGAGUCUUGUUCUGUUGCCCAGGCUGGAGUGCAGUGGCAUGAUCUCAUCUCAGUUCACUAUAACCUCCUCCUCCUGGGUUCAAGUGCUUCUCCGGCCUCAGCCUCCUGAGUAGCUGGGAUUACAGGUGUGCACCACCACACCCAGCCAGUUUUUGUAUUUUUAGUAGAGAUGGGGUUUCACCAUGUUGGUCUUGAACUCCUGAGCUUGAGCAAUCUGCCUGCCUUGGCCUCCCAAAGUGCUAGGAUUACAGGCAUGAGCAACUGCACCCAGCCUGGAAUCAAAUUAAACAUGGAUUUUUCAAGGUAAGAAUACCUCAGAAAACAGUUUCUAAUAAAAGUCCCCCAUUUGCCAAUUACAGAGUUCUAACUGAAUAAAGACACAAAGAGACGUAUUUCAAUCAAAGAUCAGCUUUUUCUAAAUCCCAUCUUAUAAAACAUCUGGGAAAGGAAUUUCCAAUAGAUAUGUAAUCAAUGUUGACAAGUCAGGCAGUUCCAGGUACUACUCUGCUCUGCUCCAUAAAUGCUUAAACUUCUGAAAAUGGCAAUGUGAGCAUCUCAGAAAAGCUUCUAUUUAUUUUUCUUUUAUUUAAGCCAGAGCAAAAAUUGUGAUUCCUGUAUUUGACCAUUAAGAGAUACAACCCACAUAACAUAGAAUAAACUCUGAACAAAUCCUAGCUAACUCUUUUUAUAAAUGAAGUCUUAGCAGAUGAGCACUAGAAUUGGACUUUGAAAGCAGACAUUUCUUUAGAUAAUGAGACUUUCUUUGACCAAUAGCUUAUAGAUAGGAGACAUGAAAUUAUGAUCCAGGCAAAAAAUAUAUCUGCCACACAUUUUUAUAGUGUCUCUCAAAAAGGUGUGCAUCAUCACUGUUUCUUCCACUGCCCUUUUUAGUGACCAAUUAUGGCAACUGUUUCUAAAUUGAUUCCCUGCCUCCAGUGCUUCUUCCACAAUUUCUGAUUAACAUUUUAGUUGAUAUAUUUGCAUUGUUAGCAUAGUAAUAAUGUCAUACAGACCCCAAGACAGUAGGGAGGAACCAUUUUACAAUCUGACCUCCCAUUCCUGGAUUCUUCACUGGCCAGAUCAAGGAAAUCUCUUCUUCUGUCUGGAAGCUAUAAUGUGCAAUUUCUCUGAUCCUGUUUCCCUGUUUAUACCUCUUCUUAUAUCAAUUAUGGACCUAUAAUCCCCCCAGUGCAAUAAUCACAAGGAUAAAGUUUACACAGAUAUGGCCCUUUGCAAAGAGAGGUGACUCAAAGGUGUGAUUUCAGUCUAAGAAAGAACCAUCUUAGCAUCAUGGUGAGAACACUGAACUCUGGUGGUUGAAGGUUUUCACGGACUGUUUUUGGCAGCCCUUCUUUUCAUCUCACCCUCUGCACUUCACUCUUCACCAGGGUACAUCCUCAGAUCUCUGUUCUUACCCCCAUUCCCCAGGAUCCCCAAGUGUGACCUCAUUUUGUUCCAUGGGGUCAGUUUCCCCUGUGUGGUUAACAGUAUCCCUAUCUCUAAAUGCAACCUUCCUUGGAGGACAGAUAGAUUUCAUUGGCUUUCUUUCCUAGGACCCUCAGACUCAGCAUGCUGUGACCCGAUUUAUCGUAUUUCUCUCAAAACUGUUUCUUCUCCUCUGUUUCUUUUCUCAAUAUAGUCACCUCAUAAAUGCCACCUCUUUGUGAGGGCUAGUACUCCAAAAGACUUGGUGUGGUCCUCACUGUGUACCUAUCUAAAUGGUCAGCCUCCCUCCCUCCUUUUCCUCCUCUUAAAAGAAAGAUAUAUCACAUAUUAAUUGACCCUCAUCUAAGUCUCUUUUGUCUAGAGGCUUAAUUGUUUCUCAAUUGAUUAUGAUAAGUUCAUGCAGAAAUUUGUCCUUUGUUCUCCAACUCUAAGGGGUUCAAUUAAUUCAGUCACCCAGAUGUAGAGGGUAUGGCUGUAUCUGGCACUGUUAUGGUCCUUUUGGGUUUAAAUAUAAAUCCUCUCCCAAAAGGACUGUAACAGUGCCAGAUGCACUUCAGUUAAAUCCAUCAACUGAAGAAUGAAAAAAAGAGAAGAUGUAUGUGAGAGCGAAAUAUUGCCUGUAGAAAUAGAAGAGUUGAUAUGUGGUUUAUGUUCAUGGACACAUAUGUUUUUGUGUUCUGAAUCCCAGAAUUUGACACUCUUUCUUUCUGUCACUGAAAAUAUUGUCUCUGGGCAGACACUCAGGUCUUCACAAUAAGAGUCAACCUUUACCCAAGAGCUUACAGUAUGUCCAAGAGCAGUCAAGAACAUUGAGUGAAGGCUUGCUGCCAACAGAAAGAAGGAAGAAGGGCUGGGAUGCUGUUUGCAAGUGAACUGUGUUCCUCUCAAAUGCAUAUAUUGAGUUUUAAUCACCUGUACGUCAGAAUAUUACUUUAUUUUGGAAUAGGUUUGGUGUAGAUACAGUUUGUUAAGAUGAAUCCAUACUGGAGUAGGGUAGGCCCCUAAACCAACAUGACUGAUGUGCUUGUUGAAAGCGAAAUUUGGGGCUAAGGCAACACAUUGAAAGGACUCCAUGUGAAGAUAAAGACAGAGAUCUGGGUGAUGCUUUACCCAGAUAAGGAACACCAAAGACCAAUAGAAAAACACGAGAGGUGAGGGGAAGGGCCUAGAACAGAUUCUCCCUCACAGCUCUCACGAGAGCCAACCCUGUUGACACCUUGAUCUUGGACUUCUAGCCUCCAGAACUAUGAGAAUAAAUUGAUGCUUUGUUAUGGUAGCUCUAGAAAAUGAAUACAAUUGCAUAUCUAGUUUUACCCUAAACAGUCACUAUCAGCUAACUUACUCCUUCCAGGAGAGGAGGGAGUGAAAGCUUAGAAAGAUGCCAGGUGUGUUACACUAGGGGAUGCCCCUCUGUGAUGGCUAAUAUUGAGUGUCAACUUUAUGGGAUUGAAGGAGGCAAAGUAUUGUUUCUGGGUGUGUCUGUGUGGGUGUUGCCAAAAAAGAUUAAGAUUUGAGUCAGUGGACUGGGAGAGGCAGACCCACUCUCAAUCUGGUGGGCACCAUCUAAUUAGCUGUCAGCACAGCUAGACUAAAACAGGCAGGAGAACAUGGAAGAGCAGACUUGCUGAGUCUUCUGGUCUUCAUCUUUCUUCCGUGCUGGAUGCUUCCUGCCCUCAAACAUCAGACUCCAAGUUCUUCAGCUUUUGGACUCUGACUUACACCAGUGGUUUGUCAGGGGCUCUUGGGCCUUUGGCCCCAGACUGUAAGCUGUACUGUCAGCUUCCCUAGUUUUGAGGGUUUGGGAUACAGAGAUCCACCACUGGUUUCAUCGCUCCUCAACUUGCAGAUGGCCUAUUGUAGGAUUUUACGUUGUGAUCAUGUGAAUCAAUUCUUCUUAAUGAACUCCUUUAACAUAUACAUAUAUUCUAUUCGUUCCCUCCUUCUAGAGAACCCUAAUACACCCUCUGGAAGAGGGGGAAAAAUAUCAGGAAUGAUCAAAAGUAUUUUGCCCAAAGUGAGUCAAUAAAUAAGGAUCAAUGAUGAUGAUAGUAACCCUGUUAGAAACAAUCAAAUUUCUUUUGAAAGAUUUUUUAAGGUCCCAUUUACUACAGAUUAUAGAUUGCUAGUUAAAAGGCAGGAACUUCAACUGUGAGAAAUUUAAAAUGAUCUUGACCUGUUGUGUUGUUAAAAGGUUCAUAAAUUUCAGGAAAAUGUUCCUCUUCUGAAAUGGAUUGUAACUUAUGAGGUCACAGACUUUCUGUGAAAUACCUGUAGCAUUGUAUCAGAGGAGAUUGAAGAAAGGGUGCAAGAGGUAACUUCUUAGGGGUGAUGAAAUCAUUGUAUUAUGAUUGGGGGCAGGUUAUACAGGUAUUUGUAUCUGUCAAAAGUCAUCAAACUGUAUAUUUAAGUCAUGUGUAUAUCAAUUACAAUUCAAUAAAGCUUUAAAAAUGA